CCAUCUAGCCACACCCACAAAUUUGCAGAAAAUGUGGGCGGUGCUGCUCAUCAAUGGAAGAAACCCCAUCUCUAGUACUGGAUAUCCUCUGAUCCUGAUCGAUAUCUUACCCCUUAGCUAGCUGACCUUAAUGUGAAGAGAGAAAAGUUCUGUGUAAGCGAUGAAGAUGCUUGAUAUCGAGACAGGACUGUCCCCCCAUCAACCAGAGCCCCCCACCAAGAUAGCGGGGUUUGGGAUACCCCUCUACUCAUACCCAGCCAUACCUCCCUUCCUGCAGGGAAACCCCAACAUCACUGACGGCUACAGAGCACACUUAUCUCCCAAGCUAUGUGUCAAGAGUGCCUGUAUCCUCUCCAACGAGACGAUCAACAUAUGGUCCCACCUUCUGGGGUUGGUCUUGUUCACUUUCUACCAGUUGUACGACAACUUCUAUUACCUCCCUGAGAACAGAGCAGAGACAGGGGACCACUUCACAUUCACAGUCAUGAAUCUCUGUUUCCAGGUGUGCAUGUUCUGUUCUGCCGGCUAUCACUUGUUCUCCUGUCAGUCUGAGGUAGCCAGUAGAAGGUGGCUUCGUCUGGACCUAGCCGGGGUCUCCGUGGGGAUGUGCGGCUGCUACUUUCCUGGGGCAUACUAUGCUUUUUACUGCAACCAGUUCUGGGAGUCGGCCUACAUGUUUGCUAUGUUUGUGCUGGUGGGUGUGUGUCUCCUCGCUCAAGCUCACUCCGAGUACCUCUCCAACGACUGGUAUCGCCGCCGACUCAUGCUCUACGCAGCAUUCAUCUUUGCUGGAGUAGUCCCUGUCAUGCACUGGGUGUUACAAACUGGAGGAUUUGGAGAACCUUUUGUUCAAUUGUUCAUGCCCAAGGUCCUGGUAAUGUACGUACUUGUUCUCCUGGGAGGUCUCUUCUACAUCAGUCAGUUCCCAGAGAAAUUAUUCCCAGGUCGUGUGAAUAUGUUUGGCUCUAGUCAUCAAUGGUGGCAUAUUAUGAUCCUGAUAGCGUUUGGCUGGGCUCAUCACAUGGGAGUGGUGGUGUUCACCCACUGGAGAACUCAUUCGUGCACAAUAGUGACCCAAACUAACAAUGAUGACUCGUGGAGUUUGUACACAUUCCUGGGAAUCAAAGUUUGAUUAUUUUUUGGCAUAUUAAUUUUUAUUGUUCAUUUAUAGUAUUACGUAUUAUAAUUAUGAUAUCUAUAUGUA